AUGAUUAGGUUUAGGAAAGGUGAGAGAAAGAAGAGAGAAAGAAAGAGGUUGCUUCUUUUUAAUGUUGAAGCACUUUCCUGUGGCUUGAACAUGGGUGCUAAUACAACAUACGUGGUUUUGAAAGUUGACGUAGUAAGUUGUGUUCGUGAAAAGGAGAGAUGGUUGGCAUCUCCCCUGACAGGGACGGGAACAGCCUUCGGGCUUUCCUAUACACAUCCGGUUAAGGCUACCCACCCUUCGGUGGAUCUCUAA